AUGUAUCUCCAAGCUCUUACUUCCAUUCUGGCUCUUGCCUCCACCUCUCUUGCUGCCCAAUUGACGCAAAUUUCAAACUAUGGCGGUUCUGCUCGAGCGAAGCCCGGGAUGUGGAUAUACGUGCCCGAUCAGGUCAAAAGUGAUGCCUUAGUGGUAGCGAUCCACUCCUGUCAAUCCUCCGCCCAGAAAUACUUUCAAAAUGAUAAGAUUCCUUGGAAGAAAGGCUCGGAUACCAAAGGCUAUGUGACUGUUUGGCCGAGCUCUUCAACAGAAUGCUGGGAUGUUUCCAGCAAGUCUUCGCUAGCGCAUAACGGCGGCGGUGAUUCAAACGCGAUCGCGAAUAUGAUCACUUAUGCAAUCGACAAGUACAAGAUCGAUCCGAAGAAGGUGUUCGUCACAGGCGGAUCAUCUGGUGGCAUGAUGUCCAACGUCCUCGCGGCCACUUAUCCAGAACUCAUCACCGCCGUCUCAUUGUACUCUGGUGUACCAGCUGGAUGUUUCGUCUCCUCUUCUGGGGCAUCAGCUGCGUGGAACAAUACUUGUUCAGGCGGGCAGAGUAUUUCAACCGCACAGCAUUGGGGUGAUGUGGUCCGAGGUAUGUAUCCUGGAUACAAUGGAACGCGACCACGGAUGCAGUUUUGGCACGGCUCGACAGACGCCACGUUGUCGCCCAAGAACUACGACGAAACGCUUAAACAGUGGACGAACGUGUUCGACGUCAGCACCACGCCAACGAGCUCAAAGAAAGAUACACCAGAGAAGAACUACAGAACUGACGAUUUUGGUCCCAACGUUCAGGGGAUUUGGGCGCAGGGUGUUGGCCAUUCGGUUCCAUCGCACUUGACGGUAUCGGAAGCUUGGUUCGGUCUCUGA